UGGAGGGUCUAGGACACACCAUAUCCAAUACUUCUCCCUACUCUGUAUUCCACCAGGACAGGCCCAAACUCCAGCUCAGAACAACCAUUUGUCAACACUGGUGUGCAGCUCAGACCCGUGUGCGUCUUUGUCUGCUUCGGCCAGUUUUACCAGAAUGGCUGCAAAUAAGGAAGAACCAGGCAUCGUCGAUAGUAUUGCCAGCGAGGGGGAGCUCGAGGAGGCUUUGGCUGUGCUGGCUGGAAGCGACCCAGAAAACUGCUCCUAUUCUAGGGGCUACGUAAAGAGACAGGCUGUGUUUGUCUGCAGCACCUGCACUCAUAAUGCUGCAGAGCCUGCUGGGGUUUGUCUGGCCUGUGCCAAUAAAUGCCACGAUGGACAUGAUAUAUUUGAACUGUACACCAAGAGGAAUUUCCGCUGUGACUGUGGAAAUAGCAAGUUUGGGGAGUUCAAGUGCCAGCUAAUUCCUGACAAAGAUGAGCAAAACAUCAGAAAUCAAUACAAUCACAACUUCAGCGGAUGCUACUGCACGUGUGACCGACCAUACCCAGACUCAGACGAUCAGUCCAUUGAUGAGAUGAUUCAGUGUGUCAUCUGUGAGGAUUGGCUUCAUAGCAGGCACCUGGGCUGCAAUGCAGUGGAUCCUGACGAGCUGCAAGAGAUGAUAUGCGAGACCUGCAUGAACAAGUUUCCCCCCCUGUGGAUGUACGCUGCUCACUUUGCAGUACCACCUGUGAUCAGCGUCAGUCAGCCUGAAGAGGAGGUAGAAGUCGAUGUAGAGGAAGGAGCAGAAAAGGAAGAGACCAGUCCAAGCAGAGAUGAGGAAUUGUCCGCCAGUGUUGAGCAAACAAAACAGGAGGAAGCGGCAAACAGGAGUUUCCCUUGCAAACGGAGCCAUGAGGAAAUGACAGGCAGCGAUGCAAAAGCCACGACCAAAACAGAUGUGUGCAGGCUGAAGGAACUGCAGGCCAAAGGGCUGGAGAGGCAGCGACAGGGAGCAGUGUUCUGGCCCUACAGCUGGCGCUCCAAGCUCUGCACCUGCAUGAGCUGCAAGAAGCUCUAUGUGGCUGCCGAGGUGCAGUUCCUUAUGGAUCUGUCCGACACUAUUCUGGCCUACGAGAACAAAGGCAUGGACCAGCCGUUUGGGCAGCACCCGCUGAUGGCACUGACUAACUCGAUGGACCGUGUGCAGCAGCUGGAGGUCAUUUACGGUUUCAACGAGUUGACAACUUCGAUCACUGCCUUUUUAGAACAGUGUGUUGCAGAAGGAAAGACGGUCACGGUCGAAGCUGUUCACCAGUUCUUUGAGGAGCUGCGGGCUAGAAAGAGACGAAGGACCAAUGUAGAGUACCAGUAACAAGGAGGCCAUGCUGCUAUCACAUGCCUGCUUCAUACGGUGCUUUGAAUGAAUGUGAAGAUUAGAAAAUGAUCCUUUCUCCUUGUUGAAUAAAGGGGAUUCUUGCUGCAACCAAUGUGAUCCUAAAGCUUGAAUAACAAAGAGUACUGACUUGCUGUUAAAGUUUAGGUGAGUUUCAUGUUCAAUUGUUUUCAUUGAUUUAAAAAAAUGCCUUAACUCUGAAGCUCAUAAUGAAUGUUACUUGAAUUAUUGAUGAACAAAAUAAAUGUUGUUCCAGCACGAUAUGCUUUAAAAAGAUUGUAUUUGCUAUGUUGUUGGUCUAUCGAGGGAACAUGGUAAUGUCAUGUGCACUCCUAUUCAGUAUGUCAGUUUAAUACCAGUGUGUUUCAAUGUUUUCUGGGGGCGAAAAAACAUGUUUGUAAAAGUGAUGUAAACAAAUAUUGCGGUUUUAUGUGGAUUAUUGUUUUGAAUAAAGUUACAUGUUUUAGUGCACA